AUGGGGAUUUGCAAUUGCGCAUCGAAAAACAGAAAAAAAGGUUUCAAGUAUGGCAUGAUGGGGGAAUGUAGCUCGCAAGAUGAUGAUGGGGGAAUGUAGCUCGCUUCAACCGGGGUUUCCCAUUAUUUUUACGGUUUACGAGCAAUCGGCAGCUAUCAAAAGUUCCAGUAAUUCUCAUUAAAGAGUUUAAGAAUUUCUUAAAAAAGUUUGAGAAAUCCUUGGAAAAGUUUUGACCGCUUGAAAAAGUUUAAGAAUUUCUUAGAAAAGUUUUUUGUCUUGAGAAAGUUUAGAAAAGUUUGAAAAUGGCUGAGGAAAGUUUUCAAUUUUACCAGAGUUCUUUGCCAAAGCCGACGUCGUCAUCAUCUACAUCACAACGCUUUCGUGCUGGUCCCGUUGCUUCGACGCGCCCGAACAAUACUUUCACCUAUUCUCAGUUAGUUUUCAGAAAACGUCAGAAAGAUGUUUCUCAUUUUUGUCCACGAGCCGCCCGCGUUCGUCCUCCCCAAUCGGAUCCAAUUUCUCAGCCAUUUCCGAAUGAUCUUCCAGGCGUUUCUCAACAUUUUCGUGUUUCACUUGAACACCGACGUGACUCACGAGCUCGUGCACAAUCUGCUCAACACUUCCACUGUCUACAUUCUUCCCAAAUCGAAUAUUGUUCAUGUCACUUGA